AUGGGACACAAUGAUUUUUUAUCUAAUGCUGUGCCAGUGAAAGUGAAUACAUUAAAUUUUAUUCCACCAAAACAAAGGGAGUUGAAGAAAUCACCAUCGAUGCCCAGUUUUUAUAAAUUUGAAAAUUAUACAAAGCAUCGCUCUGCAUCCAUUAAUCGAAGUUCAAUCCAAUUACAUGACACAAAUACCCCAUCAAGAAUUCCUGAACUACUGCAGGAACCACCUGUGGAUACAGUGUCAGUUGAAGAUAGUUUUGUUGAUUUAUAUAUAGAUAGAAAUGAGGAAAGUCCUGUAAGGUCUGUUUUUAAUAGGGCAAGUUCUUUUCAAUCAACUACUUUGAAAAGAAGAUCUGAUAUUACUGAUCCCCAACAUUUUGACAGAUAUGGGUUUAAGAAAAGGACACAAUUUAUAACUGAGGAAGAAUAUGAUCGUUGGUGGUCUGAAUAUUCUCAAUAUUGUAUUAGAAGGAAACAUAAAUGGAGAAAUUUCUUAUUGAAAAGCGGUCUUUCCUUAAAAAAUGAUCUACCAGAGAAAUUCCCCCCACAGAGUGAAAAAUUGAAAAGAUAUGUAAGGAAGGGUAUACCAGCAGAAUGGAGAGGUAAUGCAUGGUGGUAUUUUGCCAGAGGUGACGAAAUGUUAAACAAAAAUAAAGGUUUGUAUUCAAAAUUGUUAAAGAAAGUGGAGGAAAAUAAAAAUAAUAAGAAUAUAAUUCAAGAUUUAGAUGUUAUUGAAAGGGAUUUAAACAGAACUUUCCCAGACAAUAUUCAUUUCCAUAGAGAGUCAUUCCAAAAAGAGGAACCAUUUAUGAUACAAGCUUUACGACGAGUUUUACUUGCAUUUUCAAUAUAUGAUACAGAGAUUGGCUAUUGUCAGUCGAUGAAUUUUCUAGCUGCAUUAUUAUUACUGUUUUUAAGUGAGGAGAAAGCAUUUUGGAUGCUUGUUAUAAUUACUAAAAAAUAUUUACCUGGUGUGCAUUCAGUGAACUUAGAAGGAGUGAAUGUGGAUCAAGGGGUGUUGAUUCUAUGUAUCAAGGAAUAUUUACCCGAAUUAUGGUCAAAGAUGGAGGCAUCAAUGCUAAACACUACUGGACAAAAGAGCAUCAGUCAAUUUGAAAUUUUGAAUAAGUUGCCACCAAUGACUUUAUCUACAGCAAGCUGGUUCAUGAGCUGCUUUGUUGGAGUGGUGCCUAUUGAGACAACACUUCGGAUAUGGGAUUGUUUAUUUUAUGAGAAAUCACAUUUUUUGUUUAAAGUUUCCUUAGCCAUAUUAAAAUUAAGUGAAGAAGAGUUAUUAGAAAGAAAACUAUCUAUAUCACAGAGCAUUUUAGCUACAUUUAGUAACGAAUCAUUGGAACACAUUAACAGUCAUGGGAGUGGUGGCAGUGCCAAUCAUCGAUCCAGACCAAGAGUAGAAGAUAUGACUCAGGAUGAUUAUGAUAUGCUAUUUUUUCAAGUAAUUCAAACAUUUCCAAAGAAAUUAUUAAAUCCAAAUGAUAUAUUUGAAAAGGUCAUAUUUAAGAAAAAAAUGACAUUAAAUAAAUUGGAUCAAGAGGAAAUUGACAAAGUCAGAAAAUAUGUGUCAUCACAAAGAGAUAAGUGGGCUAGGUUUAACAAAGUGUUAAACAAGGACAGUAGCAAUAAUGGUAAUAAUGAUCCUGGUAAUAAGAUGCUGUACAAAAAUUUAGAUGAUACAUCGUCGAUACAAGAAGGAACCGAUAAUAUAAGUUUGAGCAAUGAAGAAGUUAUGGAUACACUUCUCUCAGAGGUAUCAGGUUUUAAAAGAAUUAGUCUUUCUGGAGUAAAUUGGAAUAAUAGCAUAAAGAUAAGAGUAAAAAACAUUAGACAGAAAAAAUAA